AUGUCUCUGAACCGAGUUUUCACAGAAACGGAACAAUCUGGCGCUUUAACAAGCUGCUCAGUUGCACUUCCAUCAGAACAAGUCGCGAAUAGUACACAGGAGAUGACGGCGGAGAGCGCGGACUGUGGCCGGUGUGUUCCCCGGUUCAUGAGGCCCACGUUCUCCCCGCCGUCUUUGGAGAAACUCUAUCAGAACUAUUUCCAGCGGCAGCGCCAGGAGACUUUGCUUGUGUUGCUGGUGUUUGCUGCGCUCUUCAACUGCUACGUCAUCAUCAUGUGCGCCGUGUUGUACACAACGGACAAGCGCGGGACGUUGGCGGCGGCCGCGGUGGGACUAGCCGUGGACAUCGCGCUCUACGCCCUUUGCCGCUUCCGUCCGGUCAAGAGCAGGGCCGCCCGCAUGCUCAUGCCCAGUGGCAUCUGGCUGCUGAUCACGGUGCACGUGCUGCUCUACCUGGGCCUCAACUUCGCGCGCUUCACGCAGGGCGGCGACGCGGUCGGCUGGCAGGUGUUCUUCAGCUUCUCCUUCUUCCUGACGCUGCCGCUGCGCCUCUCCGUCAUUCUGCUGCUGACGUUCACUUCGUGCGCUGUGCACACGGCCGUGCUGGCCGUUACACUGACCCUGCACCACGCCGGGAACCAGCACGCCACCGUGAUCGUCAGACAGCUCUUUGCUGACUGGAUGCUCUAUGCUGGUGCGUUGUGUGUGGGGAUAGUCUCCUACUUCAUGGCUGACCGGCGCUACAGACGAGCCUUCACGGAGGCACGGCAGUCCCUGGAGGUCAGCCUCACACUGGAGGACCAGAGCCAACAACAGGAGGACCUGCUGUUGUCCAUUCUGCCCAAACACAUAGCGGAUGAGAUGCUUCAGGGCAUGAAGGAUGACAAGCAACAGAAAGACAUGCAGUUCAACACCAUGUACAUGUACCGCCAUGAGAACGUCAGUAUUCUCUUUGCAGAUAUUGUCGGCUUCACUCAGCUGUCAUCAGCCUGCAGUGCACAGGAGCUUGUCAAACUUCUCAACGAACUGUUCGCACGCUUCGACACGCUGGCUGAUUAUCACCACCAGCUGAGGAUAAAGAUUCUGGGUGACUGUUACUACUGCAUCUGUGGCCUGCCUGAGUACCGUGAUGAUCACGCUGCCUGCUCCAUACGCAUGGGCCUGGCCAUGGUGAAGGCCAUCUCGUAUGUGCGUGAGAAGACGCGUACGGAGGUGGACAUGAGAGUGGGGGUGCACACAGGCACAGUGCUGGGCGGGGUGCUGGGACAGAAGCGCUGGCAGUUUGAUGUCUGGUCCACCGACGUCACCGUCGCCAACAAGAUGGAGUCCGGAGGAAUACCCGGGCGUGUCCACAUCUCCCAGAGCACGUGGUCGUGUCUGCACGGUGAGUUUGAGGUGGAGCCGGGGAACGGUGGCGAGCGCUGCGAGUACCUGCUGGAGAAGGGCAUCGACACCUACCUGGUGCUCGCUCCCACACAACACACACCCACACACCCCAACGGCCUGGCGAACGGCGGCUCCCCUCAGCUGAUCAACACUAAAGAGACCAGCAGGAGUGUGUGUUCAGUGCGCUCCUCACACACACCACGCAACGGCAGCCUGAUGGCACUGCAGCCCGCAACUGCACACACGGAGGGCCAGGUGGUAUCCAUAAUAGGAGAAGGGGUGGAGAUUAAAAAGAAUGAACAGGAGCUGAAUCGACUGCUGCACAAAGCUCUGCUGGAGAGAGAGACAGAGGAGAUUGCACGUGAGAAGCGGGUGGACAGUGUGUCUCUGCGUUUCCAUGACGCUGCGUUGGAGCUGCGCUACUCGACUGAAGAGGAGACACAGACGGGGAUGGCCUUCACCUGCAGCUGUGUGGCGCUGUUGAGCUGCUCAGCCAUGGAGAUCCUCAUAGACCCACAGCUGGUGGUGAACUACGUGACCCUUGCUAUCGGCGAAAGCCUCCUGCUCAUCCUCACCAUCUGCUCGCUGGCCGCCAUCUUCCCUCGAUUGUUCUCUGAGAAGCUGGUGUCCUUCUCUCUGUGGAUUGACCGAACCCGCUGGGCCCGGAACAUCUGGGCGGCAGCUGCCAUCUUUGUGCUGACCAUGGCCGAAGUGGCCGACAUGCUGAGCUGUGUGCCACCCUCUCUCGUCCGGUUGAACGGCACCUCCGGUGUGUCACUGGGGUUUCUAGGCGAUGGAGGAUGCGCAGAAAACCCUAAACACUACAGCUUCAUGUCCAUCCUGUUGCUCGUGGCAACCACCAUGCUGGUGCAGGUGAGCCACAUGAUCAAACUGGCCCUCAUGCUGCUGGUUGUCGUGGCGACUGGGGCCGUCAACAUCUACAGCUGGAGGAACCUUUACGAUGUCUAUGACUUCAUCCGCUACCUGGAAUACAGGCGUCCUGUGGUGCCCUCUAAGUACUUGAUGACAGUGAUGAUCAUCAUCAUGAUGCUGAGUCUCUACUACUUUUCCCGACACGUGGAGCGCCAGACACGCAAGCUCUUCGUGUGGCGGGUGGAGGUGCGCGACCAGAAGGAGCAGGUGGCCGAGAUGCGGCGCUGUAACGAGGCCCUCGUCAUCAACAUGCUGCCCGAACACGUGGCCAAGCACUUCCUGGGCACCAAGAAGAGAGACGAAGAGCUAUAUAGCCAGUCCUAUGAUGAGAUUGGCGUUAUGUUUGCAUCCAUCCCUAACUUCGCUGACUUCUACACUGAGGAGGGCAUUAACAAUGGGGGAAUUGAGUGCCUGCGAAUCCUCAACGAGAUCAUUUCCGAUUUUGACAGUUUACUAGACAGGCCUGAGUUUUUCAGCAUCACUAAGAUCAAGACCAUUGGCAGCACCUACAUGGCAGCAUCAGGAGUCACCCCAGAGAGCAACACUAACGGAUUCAACAAAUCCAAGAAAGAUGAGCAGUCUCUGGAGCGAUGGCAACACUUGGCAGACUUGGCAGACUUUGCUUUGGCAAUGAAGGUCACUCUUACCAACCUCAACAACCAAUCCUUCAACAGUUUCAUGCUACGCAUCGGCUUGAAUAAAGGGGCAGUGUUAGCUGGUGUGAUUGGAGCCCGGAAGCCACACUAUGAUAUCUGGGGCAACACAGUAAACGUGGCCAGCAGAAUGGAGUCUACUGGUGUGAUGGGGAACAUUCAGGUGGUGGAGGAUUGCUACGACAUUCUGAAGGAGUAUGGCUUCCGAUUUGUGAGACGAGGGCCCAUCUUUGUGAAAGGGAAAGGAGAACUCCUCACUUUCUUCAUGAAGGGCAAAGACACCCCAGCUAAUGGCCUCACAACUACACUGCCACACCAAGUCCUGCACCAGUCGUGAUGCACACACGAAUACACAUAGGCUACUAACACACAAACUCAAGCAUAACAUAGGCUAAACACUGCAUUCCCCAGAUUAUGAUUCCCCAUUAUAUCUGCAAGUAGCAUAUCUAGAAUGACUUCAGCAGUUCAGCAUCCAUAUACUCUAGAGAUCUCUGGAAGAGGGCAUAGAAGCAGAUCAUUCACACAAAAAAAAUAUAAACUCCCCUGUCUCUAGGUCUUUUUACUAAGCUCAGGUUUUGUAUUCUUUUAGAUAUAGGUAAUUUCUGGAAUUUGUACUUAAGUUUAAAAUUGAUUUAAAAAAAUUAAAUAAAAACAAACAUUUUUUUUCGCUUUGUUCUCUGUUGUCCAAUGUUCCAGGUGUGUGGGUGAGCGAGGUAGACUUUGGUCCUUGGUCAACACAGGCUACUGUUGCCU